CGAAAACUUGUGGCCUAUGCAAUCAACCAGGACACAGCAGUAACCACCCCAAGCAGAUGCUUAGAUAACAGAACUAAUUGUUUUCAAUAUGCACCUUUCUGCACCAAUCCAAAAUAUAGAGAAGUUCUCAGCAGAUAUUGUCCUCGUACAUGCAAUUUGUGCAAGCAAUGUGCUUCUGAUAACAAUUGCAGACAAAAGCAGAUAACUUUUCUGAAUUCUUCAGUUUUCAUAGAUUGUACUGCAGUAUUGCAGUAUGUCGGUUACAAAUUUUAG